GACAUAUUCUAAUCUCAGGAACCAUGCACUCAAAAUGGCAACCAUCUUUGGCAGCACUUACAUCUGUGAACAGACUUUUUCCAGAAUGAAACAUCUGAAAUCUCCAACCAGAUCUAGACUAACUGAUACACACUUGCAUCACUUGCUACGACCAGCAGUGACAAAUAUGGAACCAGACAUUGACCAUCUCAUUAGCGAAAAGCAGGCCCAUAGUUCCCAUUGAAAUACUGGGGAAAGUAUGAAGGCAGUCCCCCAUUACCACAAAUUAUGCAGUCCAGUUUCCCACAUUUGGGGAAAUCACAGCACAUUUGGAGUGCAAUGGAUAAAUCUCACCUUGGGAAAGCUACCUUUGUGAUCAUGGUGUCUUCCCUGUCAGGUACUGGGACAUUUGUAGAGAGGACACCGGGACACCCCGGAAGCUGGGAAAUGGAACUGUUGACAUUCAGAGAUGUGUCUGUAGAAUUCUCUAUGGACGAGUGGGCCUGCCUGGACCCUGCUCAGCAGAAUUUGUAUCGGGAUGUCAUGUUGGAGAACUACAGACACCUGGUCUUCCUUGGGCUUGCUGUCUCUAAGCCAGACCUCAUCACCUAUCUGGAGCAAAGCAAAGAACCCUGGAAGGUGAAGACACACCAGACAGUAGUCAAGCACCCAGUUACGUCUAAUGAUUCUACCCGGGACAGUUCACAAGUGCUGGGCGCAAACAUUUUAUUACCAAGGAUAAUCCUGAGAAGAUAUCAAAAUGAUGGCCCUGAGAAUUUAAACUCAAUAAAAUACUGGGAUCGGGUGUCUGAGUGUAAGCAGCAGAAAGUAUGUUAUGAUGGUCUGGAUGAAUGUUUGACAGCUCUGCAUGGUAAAAUCUACCAAUGCAGUAAAGGUUUCAAGGUUUUGAGAAAAUUAUCAAGUAUAAAUAGACAUAAGAUAAUAUAUACUGGGGAGGAAACUUUUGACUGUAAAAAACAUGGGAAAGCCUUAAACCUAUGCUCAAACUUUGGAAAACAUAAGAAAACUCAUUUUGUGGAAAAGCAGUACAAAUGCAAAGAAUUUUGCAAAGUCUUUAAAUCUUGCUCAAGCUUGUUUAAGCACAGGGGACUUCAUACUGGACAGAAAAUCUACUGUUGUGAAAAUGAUGACAAGUGUCUUAGCCACAGCUCAAAAUAUUCUAACCAUAAGACAAUUUAUAAUGGAGAGAAACCCUACAAAUGUAAAGAAUGUAACAAAACCUUUAACCAUUACUCAACCCUUUCUCUACAUAAAAAAAAUCAUUUUGGAGAGAAACCCUACAAAUGUGAAGAAUGUGGUAAAGCCUUUAACCAUUACUCAACCCUUUCUAGACAUAAAAUAAUUCAUUCCGGGGAGAAACCCUACAAAGGUGACGGAUAUGGCAAAUCCUUUUACCAGUACUCAACCCUUUCUGUACAUAAAAGAAUUCAUUCUGGAGAGAAACCCUACAAAUGUGAAGAAUGUGGAAAAGCUUUUAACAAGUGCGCACACCUUUCUGCACAUAAAAGAAUUCAUUCUGGGGAGAAACCCUACAAAUGUGAACAAUGUGGUAAAGCCUUUAACCGUUCCUUUACCCUUUCUGUACAUAAAAGAAUUCAUUCUGGAGAGAAACCCUACAAAUGUGAAGAAUGUGGAAAAGUCUUUAACCAUUCCUCAACCCUGUCUGUACAUAAAAGAAUUCAUUCUGGGGAGAAACCCUACAAAUGUGAAGAAUGUGGCAAAGCCUUUAACCAGUACUCACACCUUUCUGUACAUAAAAGAAUUCAUUCUGGGGAGAAACUGUACAAAUGUGAUAAAUGUGGAAAAGCCUUUAAGCUAUAUUCAUGUCUUUCUAGACAUAAAAGAAUUCAUUCUGGGGAGAAACCUUACAAAUGUGAAGAAUGUGGCAAAGCCUUUAACUGGUCCUCAACCCUUUCUGUACAUAAAAGAAUUCAUUCUGGAGAGAAACCCUACAAAUGUGAAGAAUGUGGAAAAGCCUUUAACCGGUACUCACACCUUUCUGCACAUAAAAGGAUUCAUUCUGGGGAGAAACCCUACAAAUGUGAAGAAUGUGGCAAAGCCUUUAACCAGCGCUCACACCUUUCUGUACAUAAAAGAAUUCAUUCUGGGGAGAAACUAUACAAAUGUGAAGAAUGUGGAAAAGCCUUUAAACUAUAUUCAUGUCUUUCUAGGCAUAAAAGAAUUCAUUCUGGAGAGAAACCCUACAAAUGUGAAGAAUGUGGAAAAGCCUUUAACCGUUACUCAAACUUUUCUGUACAUAAAAGAAUUCAUUCUGGGGAGAAACCCUACAAAUGUGAAGAAUGUGGAAAAGCCUUUAGGCAUUACUCAACCCUCUCUGCACACCAAAGAAUUCAUUCUGAGGAAAAACCGUAUAAAUAUCUAGAAUGUGGAAAAGCCUUUUAUCAUUACUGAAAUUCUUUAACCAGUACUCACACCUUUCUGUACAUAAAAAAAUUCAUUCUGGAGUGAAAUGUUAGAAAUAUGAAUAGUGGGGCUAACCCUUUAACUCAGAAUCAAGCCAGCCUAUACAUUAAAAAAAAAAUGAGAUAACAUUGAAACCCUAGAUAUAUGAAGAAUGUGUCAGUACCUUACUUGGUGUUCAUAACUUACAAAGCUUAUAGGAAUUUACACUGGAGAGAAAUCCUACAACUGUGAACAGUGUGGCAAUGCACUUAACCAGAGCUCAAACUUUACUACAUGUAAGAAAAUUCAUAUUGGGGCGGCGCCUGUGGCUCAGUGAGUAGGGCGCCAGCCCCAUAUGACGAGUGUGGCGGGUUCAAACCCAGCCCCGGCCAAACUGCAACAAAAAAAUAGCCAGGUGUUGUGGUGGGCACCUGUAGUCCCAGCUACUCCGGAGGCUGAGGCAAGAGAAUCAUGUAAGCCCAAAAGCUGGAGGUUGCUGUGAGCCGUGUGACGCCACGGCACUCUACUGAGGGCAGUAAAGUGAGAGACUGUCUCUACAGAAAAAAAAAAAAGAAAAUUCAUAUUGGAGAGAAAUCUUACAAGUGAGAAUAAUAUGACAAAUGUUUUAACUGAUUCUUGGCCCUUAGUAAACAUAAGAAAAAUGUCAGAGAAAAAUCACAAUAUGAAGGUGUGUGGAAGCUUUAUGCCACAAAUCACAGUUUUCUGUACACAGUAGUAUUCAUGUUGAACAGGAAGGCUAUAAACGUGAAGAAGGUGACAAGUGUUUAACUCCUCUUCAAACCUUUCUCUAUAAAAUUUAUGACAGAGAAAACCCCUACAACUAUGAAGACAGUGUCGAAUCCUAUAACCAGGUUUCACACAUUUCAGUGCAGAACAGUAUUCAUAGAGAUAUUCUACAUAUGUGAAGAAUAUGACAGUGUCUUUAAAUAUUUCUCAUACUUUUCUAAUCAUAAUUCAUACGGAAGAAAUGCUCUACAAAUGUCAAUGAUUUCUUAAAGUUGUGUUUUUCCUGUUUGGUAGGGCUAGGGAGAGACAGGGGCAGAUGAUUCUAGGGCAUCCUUGUCCAUAAUGAGAAGGAACAAAAUUACCAGAGUGGGCUGCCAAGAAAGAAAAGCAUUUCAGGAAGGCUUUCAAAAACUGAACUGAUGUAUGCUUUACAAAAAUGACUCUCAGAGGUAAAGAGGCCCCAGUGUGGAGAUAUGGCCAAGGCCACAAAAAGGAGUCUUUGCAGCAUGCAUACAAGUAAGGUGACAGUAGCCUCAAGGGACCUAUUUUCAUAAACAGUAAAAUUUUCACCACUUUUAUCACAGUUUACAAAUACUAUGACAAAGUCUGGAAAUUGCUUUACAGGGAUAGAAAUGGGAGGACUCUCCAUUCGGGAAUUUUCCCCCUUUUUCACAAAAAUAGUAAAUAUAUUACCCCCACCACCACUUAACAUAGAUUUGGAAAAUUAUAAUGAAGGGGAAAAAAAUCUCACUAACCCAGGGUGUUCUCCACUUGAUAAGGUAAAUGUUUUCCUUCUUUGGAGUGUACUGUGCUUUAAUAAACUUUGACCUUUUGC